CUGAUGAGAAUCUGCUUGUUGACUUUUUCAAAUGAAUGUUUAAAAUCGGUUGUCCGGACACACAUCUAGGUCUACCAUAAAUGGCAAAUUAGUGACGGACCCCUCCUCCAUAUUACACUCCCCAAAUGUAAUGACCUUUUUUUAUCUCUUUUCCAUUUUAAACAUCCCUUUUCUUCUCUUAUCUACAAGAGCUUCAACUUUCUUACACCAUGAACCUAUCGAAUACAAACGGAUCUCUGAAUGCCUCGACUAUCAUCCUUGAUGAAGAGUUUGAGAUCACAAUCGGACAAGCUUGGAUGCCAGUGGUCCCACUCCCGAUUCUGAUGCUUACCUCUCUCAGCAUUUUUGGAUGCUUGAUCGCUCUUGUGAGCUCCAUGCAAAUAGUAAGGGAAAGGCGAAAGGAUCUAACACUGAAGUUUGAUGAAAAUGACGAAGAAGCAAUCUACAAACCCAAAACAUCGUCGUCCUCACAGAAUGAAUAUUUGAGAAUAGAUCCAAAUCACCCACAGAUUGACCCAAAGAGAAACCAUCAUGCUAUCAGGUAUGAAAACAUGAAAGAGCAGCAUAUCCCAGACGGAGCUUCUUAUCCCAGUAGUCCGCCAUCUACGGGGAAACUUCCAAGAAGAGGACCCCGUCAAAAUACAAACACCAAUCGGUCUGCAACACAAAUAUCGCCAUCGCCGUUGUUGCAACGCGACCACCACUCGCCACCACAACCACCGGGAUCGCCGUCGAAAUACCGCCGUGGACCGGACGGUCAAGUUAGGGCAAGGGAGUCGUCGAGCGCGCCGAUGAUUAUGAACGGGUUAUGGAAAAGAAUCGAGAGGGUCUUGAAAAUGGGUUUCGAUGCCGAUACCAACUCAUGUCAGCUUAGUUUUGUUCAUCACAACAACAACUCAGCGCUCCGCCCAAGCUGCUCUGACUCCGCCUCUCUCCCAUUCAAACGACCAAUGGUAUUCCAAGCUGACUGCACUCCGAGUUUGAUUGACAGCUCAAUCAUCCAAUUAACGAGUACUUCUUGUCAAACUGAGACGAGUUCGUCAACAUUCCCGCGCAAAAUUGCUUGUAGAUGUUGCCUUGACAGACAAACGGGAAAAAGUCCCCUCCAAAAAAGCAGUUCCUCAUCGCUCCUGAGAAAUAUGUACUUGAAGAAUAACAAUAUAGGAGUUUUGAACGAUAGCCACCAAUCUUCAUCACUCCUGAGUGAAACCUCCAAUCCGGGAAGACCUAAACUCUCAAUACAUGAUGAGGAUCUAGCGAAUAAACUUUGUUUAUCGGUCGAUGAACGUAUCAGGCGAUACAGGCUGUGUUACUCUAGUUCAAGUGAUGACGAUUCAGACGAGUGAAUUAAUAACAUCAUGGCGAUAUGAUGUUUGAUCUAAUACAAAUUUGAGUUAUCAUGAUAGCCAUUUUUUCCAGAAUAUACCGCUGGGUCCAAUUCAAAGUCUACUGAAAUCUGAGCCAUUGGCGGUUUUAUUACAAU